UCAAAAAAGAUUAACGCUGAUUGGCUCCUUGCCUCAUCCCCGACCCUCCUUUGUGAGUAAAGCCUUUUAGCUGAGGUUAAAGUUAUGGAAGAAACGAGAAAGAGUGAAGAUUUACAAAUAAAUGUUUGCUUUUUUACUUGUUUUUACGUCGUGUACUAUUAGUUGUAACUUUUAUCAGCGGGUAAAAGUCGCGGGAAUAGAUGAGGACAUGUAGUAAACGUUCGUUCAUCGAUGUUGUUGCUUGACGAUGGAGGAACCUGCGACUAGAGAACUUAGCAGGUCAGAAGAUGAGUUCCAUCCAGGAGAAGACAGCAGUGGCAAUGGAAGCAUCAGAAAGAGGUGUGAUCCUCUAGUCCAGUCCCAGCGCAGUAAACUGCAGCACCGGCGAGCCGGCAUCAACCAGCAAAUAAACAAAGAGAUGCGCAUGAGAGCUGGCGCGGAAAACCUGUUCAGAGCAACAAGAAACAACAAAGUGAAAGAGACGGUGGCUCUGGAGCUCAGUUAUGUCAACUCCAACCUGCAACUGCUCAAAGAAGAACUGGAGGAUCUUAACAGCAACAUGGAGGUCUAUCAGACUGACAGUGAUACCGUCAAUGUUCCCAUGAUCCCACUGGGUUUAAAAGAAACCAAGGAAGUCGACUUCACCAUACCUAUCCAGGACUUCAUCAGCGAGCACUAUGGAGAAGACAGCUUGCUCUACCAGGAAGAAAUAAAAGAGCUUAUGGAGCUGCGACAGGCCAUGCGCACGCCUAGUCGGAACCAGACUGGCUUGGAUCUGUUGAUGGGAUAUUAUAACCAACUCUACUUCUUGGAUCAACGCUUCUUUGCCUGUCAUGGCACUCUGGGUGUGCACUUUCACUGGUACGACUCUCUGACGGGCGUGCCAUCGUGCCAGCGAGCUUUGGCUUUCGAGAAAGGAAGUGUUGUGUUCAACAUCGCUGCUUUGUACACGCAAAUUGGUGCACGGCAAGACCGUUCCACCGUGUCAGGAAUAGACCGAGCUAUCCAAGCAUUUCAGACAGCUGCAGGUACUUUUCAUUACCUGAAAGAGAACUUCUCCAACGCACCGAGCCUUGACAUGAGCGGGCCGUCGCUGUGCAUGCUGGUGCGUCUGAUGGUGGGCCAGCUGCAGGAGUGUGUGUUUGAGCGUGCUGUACUCACCACGCAGGACACACACUUCCUCUCCCUGCUGGCUCUGGCACAGGAGGCCGCACAGGUGUCGGACUGCUACCUGUCUGUGCAGCAGGCCAUGUCGCAGCCGCUGAUGAAGGACUAUGUUCCCUUUUCCUGGGCGUCCGUGGUGCACGUCAAGUCGGAACACUUCCGAGCGCUCGCACACUACUUUGCUGCCGUGGCGCUGUGUCAACAGACGUUCUCUGAAGAAGACGUGGACGCUGAAGAGGAGGCAGAAAAAGCAUUUCUCCAUUUCUACGUCAACAUACCUGCAGAAUCACCUGUACCAAUGCUUUUAAGAGAGCCGCAAAAAAGACGCAAGCUUGGUAAAGCUCACUUGCGGCUGGCGGUGAUGCGACACGAGGAGGCGCUGCGAGUCCACGGUUUGUGUAAGAUCUUAAGAAAGAUGGACAUCUUACAGGAUAUUCUAUCAGUGGCACACAAACGCUCCCUGGAAAAGUACUCAGAAAUGGACCGAGAAGACGACUUUGAUGAAACUGCUGAGGCUCCCGAGAUCCAAGCUGCAAGUGGUCUCAAACCCGACAUCAUCCCAGCCAACUUUUCUACCGUCCAAGUUAAAGACAUCUUCCGAAGAUUGGGGCCAUUGCCAGUGUUCUGUGCCCGCGUGAGCUGGGUUCCCGCUCGUCCCGUUUGCCUCCCGAGGACAGAAGGUGGAUUGGGACUGACGCUCAGAGGAGACUCCCCUGUGUUGGUGGCGGGGGUGGUCCCUGGGGGCUGCGCGGCCGAGUCAGGACUGAGGGAAGGAGACUACAUCGUGGCGGUGGAUGGACAGGACUGUAAGUGGGCCAAACACGCUGAAGUGGUGAAUAUGCUGAAGAACUGCAGCGACAGAGGGGUGGAGCUUAGCGUGAUUACCUUGCAUUCGCACGAUGCUCAGGUGGCAAAGAGAGCCUUCAUGGGGUCUCACGGCGGCGACAAAGAGAACUCCCUGCAGAGGGUUCUGGGCGUGGCUAAAGGACAGAGCUCCGCCUCCUUACUAAACUGGAACAGGAAGAAGAAAAGGGAAAGCAACGUGACGUCUAAGAGACUUGGAAGCACUUUCACUUUGUCUUUUGGGAGCCUCAGAGACACAGAAGGCAUGUAUUGACAUUUGGAAAAAAACUUUCAAAAGUAAACAAGUAUAUAAGUUGUCAUCAUUAGCACUGCUAAAGAAAAUAUUACAAAAAACUGUCAACUGGUGCACUUGCAUACUUACUUCGUCUGUAAGUGCAUAAGUGUGUUGAAUAAGCAUACUUACACUAAAGUCUUUAACUGCAUGGUAUACAGUACUCAGAAUUAGGGAUGUCCAAUAAUAUCAGACUGCCAAUAUUAUCAGCCGAUAAAUGCUUUAAAAUGUGAUAUCGGAAAUGAUCAGUUUCAAAAUUAUCAGUAUCGGUUUCAAUAAGUAAAAUGUAUGACUUUUUAAAACGUCGCUGUGUACACGGACGCAGGGAGAAGUACGGAGCGCCAAUAAACCUUAAAGCAGGGGUCUCAGACGGGACCUUCUUUUGCGGCCCCCACCUUUAUAUAACAUUUUAAUGUUAGUGCUGACUGCGAGUUUUAUAUGAAGGCCGUUGUGUUGUUUGGCUCCAAAAUGGCUCUUUCAAUGUUCUGGGUAGCCUACCCCUGCAUUAGUGGAAAAGCGGCAAAUGAGUGAAAGCGACGGAGACGUUGCCAUGGAGACGAGGGUUUUCUUACGUGCCUGGCUGCAGUCACACCGCGACACCUGUCCGUCAGUAAUAACAGUCCCCGAUAACCUGGACAUAUUCAAACCAUUAUUUGUUUUUUUUAUUGUUUAAUUUGCAUUGGCUCACUUGAUGAACACUACAUAUAUUUCUAUAUGACGCCGGAUAACACUUUUUUGCGCUCGUUAUCCCGGUACUUUCCCGGCUAUUAUCCACCCACCGCCGUGUUGUUAUAGGGAGGAAAAGCGGAGCGACACACAUUGUGGAGAUAACAUUCUCCGUGCGUGGGCCAAAUACAAAUAUAUUCAAUAACCCCAAACAUGUCUUUUUCAAAGCCUGCAGUGAAGAGAAAGGUUUGUGAGGAGAAAAUACAAUUCCAGGAAUAGUGUGAGAUGCAACAUUUCUGAGCACAGGAGCACCCCAACUUGUCUUAUUUUGUUAAGAAAUCUUUUCUCGCGGCCCAGCCUCACUCAGACUCUGCAUCCAGUGGCCCCCAGGUAAAUUGAGUUUGAGACCCCUGCCUUAAAGGCACUGCCUUAGCGUGCCGGCCCAAUCACAUGAGUUUUCACACACACAUAAGUGCAUGCAAGGCAUACUUGGUCAACAGCCAUACAGGUUACAUGGAGGGUGGCCGUAUAAACAACUUUAACACUGUUACAAAUAUGCGCCACACGGUGAACCCACACCAAACAAGAAUGACAAACACAUUUCAGGAGAACAUCCACACCGUAACACAACAUAAACCACAGAAUACCCAGAUGCCCUUGCAGCACUAACUCUUCCGGGACACUACAAUAUACACCCCCCGCAACUAAUCCUUACCUUCCCCCCAACUCAACCCCGCCCACCUCAACCUCCUCAUGCUCUCUCUGGGAGAGCAUGUCCCAAAUUCCAAGCUGCUGUUUUGAGGCAUGUUAAAAGAAAAUGCUGCACUUUGUGACUGCAAUAAUAAAUAUGGCAGUGCCAUGUUGGCAUUUUUUUCCAUAACUUGAGUUGAUUUAUUUUGGACAACCUUGUUACAUUGUUUAAUGCACCCAGUGGGGCAUCACAACAAAAUUAGCAUAAUAAUGUGUUCAUUCCACCACUCUAUAUAUCGGUAUCGGUUUAUAUCGGAAUCGGUAAUUAAGAGUUGGACAAUAUCGGAUACAGGCAAAAAAGCCAUAAUCGGACAUCUUUACUCAAAGUGGUAAAUGUCGCCAUCUUGCCUGGAAGGAAGGGGCGGGAUUAAUUAUAGUCGUUGCCGUUCACAAUUAUAAAGGAGGUAAAAAACCGAAGGUAAAUAUUGUGAUGUCAUUUCACUCACCUGAAAUUAUUCAGGAACUAAGCACACUGUACACAGUAUACUUGCGGAAGUUGUACUGACGCGAGUAGUCCAUUUGAGACACAGUUAUUGGGGCGGUAUAGCUCGGUUGCUAGAGUGUUCCAGGUUCGAUCCCCACUGCCGCUGUGUCCUUGGGCAAGACACUUUACCCACCUGCUCCCAGUGCCACCCACACUGCUUUAAAUGGAACUUAGAUAUUGGCUUCCACUAUGUAAAAGCGCUUUGAGUCACUAGAGAAAAGCGCUAUGUAAAAAUAAUUCACUUCACUUAUCAAAUUUGACAUGUAUUGAUCUUAGGGAUGGGUACUGGAUCUGGUACUAUAGUAGGCUUUGUUGGACAUGACGUCACUCAGCCAAACUCCCUCUAAAAAAUGUUGCAAUUUACAGACAGAUACAAAGCAAGUACUUGGAAGAAAACAUUUAAAUGUAAAGUAAGGCUCCACUCUACCAAAAUGUGCUAGCUUGAUGCUAGUUUACAUUGGAUUUGCCAUAGACAGGCUACAAUUAGCACGAGCGAUUUUACAUUGUGAUUUCAACACCUCCAAAUUUAGUCAUGACGACUACAACUAAAAUAGAUGCCAAAAUCAAAAAGCUGGUGUAUAAUCAGCACGAUACUUACAGUAUAACACUUUGUAGGGCACAACACCACAUUCAACUUACUAGUUGUAAUUGCAAAUGGGGCUCAAACAGGAAAUAACACCUGGACUGCACUUUUAUGAUCAGCUCUUUUUACAUGCUAAAUUCCAGCCGUCCCGUUUUAUACCGCUUGUCUCUUUUGGGGUCGCAGGGGGUGCUUAGCUGUAUUCGGGCGGAAGGCGGGGUACACCAUGGACAAGUCACCACCUCAUCACAGUACAUGUUAAAUUAAAAAAAAUCUAAUUUAAUAAACAGACAAUAUUGAUUAAUACACAAACAGUACCAAAAACUGGUACUGUUGAGUACUUGUAUCAAUCCCCAGGUACCAGGAGUUGGUACCAUAUCGGUUCAAAUGUGAAUGGUACUCAUCCCUGUGUGGUGCAUAGUAAGGAAGACAUAAUAAUAAUAAUAAUAAUAAAGUCAACAAUCUUAUUCAAUAAAUGUAAAACAGUAUGUUACGGGAACUGGAAAGCGCGAUUCAGUUUUGUUAUACUUUUUCUUUAGCAGUGUUUUUAAUGUAAUUUUGUUUAAAAAAAAAUCUUUCCACUGAACUAAUGUUUUUUUUUUUUUUUUUUACAGCCAACGAAUAAUAACUUUUAGAACAUGUUUUUUUUAACAUAAACUAAAAUGCCUAGCUUCAGUUGAAGUCAAGUCUAGUAUCAGUGCGAGGACACAAAAGCAGUGUUGUUUUUUACUGUGAACUUCAUGUUUCUUCUUCAAUGUUUUUUUUAAUAAACAUCUUUAAAAUUGUA